AUGUUCCGCUCGUUCGCAGCCGUGGUCUUUGCGACCGCCGUCUACGGCCAGCAGGUUGGCACCCUGACGGCUGAGAAACACCCUUCCAUGGCCAUCCAGUCCUGCACCGCCUCAGGCUGCACCAAGGAAGACACCACCGUCGUCCUCGAUGCCAACUGGCGCUGGACCCACGUAACCUCCGGCUACACCAACUGCUACGACGGCAACACGUGGAACGCCACCGCCUGCCCAGACGGCAAGACCUGCGCGGAGAACUGUGCCAUUGACGGCGCCGACUACGAGAAGACGUACGGCAUCUCGACGCCCAACGAUGGUGCGCUGAAGCUGCAGUUUGUGACCAAGAACGAGAACGGCGCCAACGUCGGCUCGCGCGUCUACCUGUCGGCCGGCGGCGACGGCAGCAAAUACCGCAUGUUCAACUUGCUCAACAAGGAGUUUACCUUUGACGUCGACGUCAGCAACCUUCCCUGUGGCCUCAACGGCGCCGUCUACUUUAGCGAGAUGCUCGAGGACGGUGGUCUCAGCGCCUACCCGGGCAAUAAGGCCGGCGCCCAGUACGGCACGGGCUACUGCGACUCGCAAUGCCCUCGUGAUAUAAAGUUCAUCAAUGGCUGGACCGGCAGUGCUAGUGAUGGCAACUCGGGCGCCGGCUCGUAUGGCUCGUGCUGUGCCGAAAUGGACAUCUGGGAGGCCAACCUGGACGCCACAGCUUACACACCACACCCGUGCAAGGUGUCGACCCAGACACGCUGCGAGAACGAGCAAGACUGUGGCGCUGGCGACGCCAACCGCCACUCGGGCCUGUGCGACCCCGACGGCUGCGACUUCAACUCGUUCCGUAUGGGCAACAAGGAGUUUUAUGGCACCGGCAAGACGGUCGAUUCCAGCAAGGCGUUUACGAUCGUCACGCAGUUUGUCACGGACGACGGCACGGACACGGGCACGCUCUCUCGAAUCAACCGCUUCUAUGUGCAGGACGGCAAAGUGAUCCCCAACAGCGACGCAGCCGUGACUGGUGUCGAUCCCGUCAACUACAUUUCGGAGGAUUUCUGCAAACAGCAGAAGACGGCCUUUGGCGACGACAACUACUUUGCCACAGUCGGCGGCCUCGCCGGCAUGGGCAAGUCGCUGCAGAACAUGGUCCUCGUUCUGAGCGUGUGGGACGACCACGCGGUCUCCAUGAACUGGCUCGACAGCAACUUCCCGACGACUUCACCCGCUACUGACCCGGGUGUUGCCCGCGGGCGCUGCGACCCGGCUGCUGGUGACCCCAAGACCGUCGAGAGUGCCCAUCCUGAUGCCUCAGUCGUUUACUCGAACAUCAAGCUAAGUGUGUUCUCAAACGAGAAGCUGUAA